UUGUUAAAAGCUCUCUCUGUGAGUUGUGAGUUGAAGAUGGCCGAACCAAGCAAUGCACCUUUAUCCUCUCCGGUUUCUGUGAUAGGGUCUCAGUUCAUGGCACCAAAUCAAUUCGAUAUUAUAGUUGAUAUAAUUACAACCGGAAACCUUGUGGUUACAGAUAUUGACCAUAAAAUCAUGCUACAAGUGAAAUCAUGCGACACAUCCUUUCAUCAGCAGCGAGUGCUAGUUGAUGCUGAUGGCAAACCCAUCGUUCUAAUGCGCGGAAAGAUCAUGAGUGAACACGAUAGAUGGAAUGUAUUCAGGGGUAACAGUAAAAGCAAAUCGGAUAUGAUAUUUACCACACAAUCAGCUCACAUGAUCCAGUUUAAGACCAAUGUACAAGUGUUCUUGGCAAAAAAAACUGGUAAGAAGAAUGUUUGUGAUUUCAAGAUCAAUGGAAGCUGGACGAACAGAAACUGCACUAUUUAUAUGGGAGAUACUUCAACACCAAUAGCCCAAAUGUCUAAAAUGCAAUCAUCGGAGGAUGUAACGAACAAAUUCAUGGUGACCAUUUAUCCCAAUGUGGAUUAUGCGUUUGUGGUCGUACUUAUAGCCAUCGUUGAGGUUAUGAAAAUGAAUAACUCUGUCAUAAAAGAAAAAUUUGCUCGGGAAGUUAUUGGAGGUUUGAGUAACAUUAUAGUUGGUGCGCUUCUUUUAUAGAAUAGCUGGAUGCAUCAAUGGUUUUACAGAAUCAUAUAUCAUCUUUUCACAUCGUGAUGGAAAUGGUAUGAUUACCAAUUAAAACAAACACGAUUUUUGAUCCCUUAACUGUGUUAGAAGUACUUAUAAUCUAGACUUGUGUUAGAAAUUACAACUGUCCAGUAGUUAAACAACUAUCCAAUCCUAUCAAACAUUGUAGCAUAAAUUAAUAUAUACAAGAUGUAUGUUUUCUAUUUUGUAAUAAAUAUGAUGUUGUAUUAAACAUAU